AUGAGCGCCACCAUCAAUCCAGGUGCCGAGAAACAACCCGUGGCAUUGUGCUACCAGGUGAAUGGGUCCUGCCCCAGGACAAUCCAUCCUCUGGGUGUCCAGUUGGCCAUCUAUCUGAUCUGUGUGUUGGGUAUGCUAAUAACAGUUCUGGGAAAUCUCUUUGUGGUGUUUGCUGUGUCCUACUUCAAAGCACUUCACACCCCCACCAAUUUCUUGUUGCUUUCCCUGGCCCUGGCUGACAUGUUUCUGGGUCUGCUGGUGCUGCCUCUCAGCACAGUUCGCUCAGUGGAGAGCUGCUGGUUCUUUGGAGACUUCCUCUGUCGCCUGCACACUUACCUGGACACCCUCUUCUGCCUCACCUCUAUCUUCCAUCUCUGUUUCAUUUCCAUUGACCGCCACUGUGCCAUCUGCGAGCCCCUCAUCUAUCCCUCCAAGUUCACAGUCAGGGUUGCCUUUAGGUACAUCCUAGUAGGAUGGGGUGUUCCAGCCGUUUACACCGCCUUCUUCCUCUACACUGAUGUGGUAGACCGUGCUCUCAGUGAGUGGCUGGAGGAGAUGCCUUGUGUGGGCAGUUGCCAGCUGCUUUUCAAUAAGUUUUGGGGCUGGUUAAACUUCCCUGUGUUCUUUUUCCCCUGUCUUAUUAUGAUCAGCUUGUAUGUGAAGAUUUUCAUAGUUGCUACCCGGCAGGCUCGGCAGAUAAGCACCUUGAGCAAAAGUCAGGAUGGAGCUUCCAAGCGUGAAAGAAAAGCUGCUAAAACCCUGGGCAUAGCCGUAGGCAUCUAUCUCUUGUGCUGGCUUCCCUUCACCAUUGAUACACUGGUCGACAGCCUGCUAAACUUUAUCACACCACCAUUGGUGUUUGACAUUUUUAUCUGGUUUGCUUACUUCAACUCAGCCUGCAACCCCAUCAUUUACGUUUUCUCCUACCGGUGGUUCAGAAAGGCACUGAAACUCAUCCUGAGUCGGGAACUCUUCUCUCCAAGGACUCCCACUAUUGAUUUGUACCAGGAAUGA